GCAACUCAGAAACCAGUGCUUUUUGCAUCAAAAAUGUAAUAAUCAUCUUCUAUGACAGACAAACCUUAUUUUCUCCUUAAUCUGUGAUGACCCCUAAACUCAUCUUCUCAACAGCUCCUUGAAGGCCACUGAGCAUGUGCAGUGCCACUGACACUUCUAACAAAAACAUGAUGGUGACCCCCUGGGCACAGCUUUGAAGGCCUACACCAUUACUGUUAUGAAGAUCCUGAAACUUUAGGCACGUGCAGUAAGUUCAGUACAUAAAAUGCAGUAUUUCUACUCAUAAAUGUUUUUAGAGUUUAGUUCUCCUUUAGAUACAAUACAUAUACAGUAGAUUGUACUAUACAACAAAUGGAUGUACACUUCCAGCUACACAAAAAUCUGGCACUGUACAAUAUACAUAAUCCGCUGCACAGGGACAAGCCACUUCCAAAUCUGCACAAUGUACAAUAGCGGAGCAGCUUUGUGGCCCUGCAGCUCCAGGCUGUUUAUACUCAUGUCCCGAGAGGCUGCAUAACCAGACCCCAUUGUACUACCCACAGCACAUAACACGGGCUGUACCAGACAGUCAUGUGGAUCUACUUACACACACACACACAACAUGUAGCACACACACACGGCAGCCUUAACAACAAGACACACAAUGCUAGUAUAAAAGUGCUGCCACAAAUGACCCCCUAAGUAAACUGCAUCCAAAGGAACAGCAGCCAUAUGCAAAGCAUAUCCAACCCCUGUGAGAAACAUACAGCUUCCUGCUUUGUGCUGCUAGUACCAUAGCGACUAAUAAAACCCCCUUUGCCCCUACCCAGCAUUUGAGGCUCCCUGUAUCAUACGAUAAAAAUAUUAACUUUCUGGGCCUCUGUCAUAAUUGGUUAUUACUUCAACUAUACCAGCUGUAACCCUAUAAUGGUUGCCCUACCACUGCUGCCAUUUCAGCUUGGAGCAGGGUUAAAGUUACCCAUUGAAGAAAUUGGGGUUUGGGCAUAAAAUGAAAAUUUGUAGGUGGUUUCUGUCCUUGGGUUGCUUACAUUGGUUAACCUCAUGAGACAUUGGUUAAAUUGUCCUUUAUCAAUCGUACCUGACGCUUCUAACCUUACAACCCCAAAAACUUGUCUCCCCUCUCUGCCAAGAGCUGCUGAUUUGCUGGUAAGGGGUCUAGCUCUGAACAUGCACCGGGGUGUCCCCCAGGGGCAAAGCAGUGAGAGAAAGCCAGUGAAGGUGCUGCUGACCUGAUGUAUAUGCUGCCAUGUACGCCAGCUCUAUGCAUUUAUAUUUCCAUGUGUAUCUCUCUCUCGUGUUCCUAAAUGCAUGAAACGAAUAGAAAGAAAAGAGCGAAUGUAAAUGUGAGUCAUGGUGGUUUUUACCUUCCAGAUUCUCUCACUUCUCACUGUGGGCAGCACUGAGGGGGUGAAAAGAUCCAAUCAGAGGAGACAAAGUUCUCUUAUUAUACAGGGACUGUGAGUGACAGGGACGGUGAGGCAGUCAUUGGUGACAGGCAGAGUGAGCGAGUGAGCCACACAGAAAUAGAGACCUCAUACAGGAACGUGACGGAAAUAGAGAGACAGAGAUUUGGGCACAGUGAGGCAGAGUGGCAGGGUCACUGUCUUAUAUAUAAGCGACACGGUGGCAUGGAUAUGGUAGUAAGGGCUGAAGGGAAAGCCAAUGGAUACCAAGGAAGAGAAGGAAGAGGAAAGUUUUGGUAACUAGUGUAGGAUCAUAAAAGUAAGGAGCAGAACAAGACACAGAGUAUCAAGGUGAGGAGCAUAAAGUGAGCCGGUCAGCAGUGUAACAGGGAGAGGGCACAGCUGAAUGAAAGGUGGGCACGGGGACUGAGUGACAAGUGGCACAGUGAUGGGGAGAAAGUGACAGGUGCAGAGGAGGAGGAGGGGUUGAUUCCACCCUCUUACAUACACGUGACCCCAAGGGACACCCACCUUGUGUAGCACUGAGAGUUCCAGCAGAGCAAUAGCUCUGGGCUUGUUUCAUGGGUGCAGUGGAGUGCUCCCUGCAGAGCAAUUUCAGAAUGCACAGAGGAACUGGCAUGCAGGGCCCACCUACAGUGCCCCCCAUGAAGAGCGCAGGGGAGCUGCAGAGCACAGUAAGGCUGCCCGGCACAGCCAGGUUGCAGAAGACAGACAUGCAGAGCAUCAUAAAGCUGCAGAGCAAAAUGACAAUGCAGAGCAUAAAGGAUGCGCAGAGCGCAACGGAGCUGCAUGGUGCAACAGAAACACAAAACAGGACAGAUUUGCAUCGAACUAUGAGUAAGCACAACACGGUGGAGAUGCCCAAUGGAGCCAUGCAGAGCAGAGAAGAGUUGCACAGUGGAGCAGAUGUGCAGAGCUUGCCUACAGAGCAGCACAAGUACUGUCAGUCCAACUCAGGAGAGGACAACCUGAACCCCACUUUCUCAUUUCCCUCCAGGAUUCGCCUGUUGCCCUCCAGCAGCUGCUCCUACACCCAGGAAUACUCACCGGAAGGGGCAGAGGCAGUGAAUUAUUCAGAAAGAGAUGCAGAGCUCCCUUACCCUUUGUCCCUGCAGCACGCCCUGCCCCACACUAACCCCAGUGGCACCCCAGAGUGUCAGCGCUCGGGCAAAGUACAGAUCACUCUCACCAACUACUCUCUUUGGGACAAGUUCCACAAACACCAAACUGAAAUGAUCAUAACCAAGCAGGGGAGACGUAUGUUUCCAUUCCUCUCUUUCCGCGUGGCGGGCCUCGAUCCUGUGGCUCAGUACAACCUGCAUGUAGACGUGGUGCUGGCCGAUCAGAAUCACUGGAGAUACCAGGGAGGAAAAUGGACCCAGUGUGGGAAAGCCGAGGGCAACAUGCCAGGUAAUCGGACCUACCAGCACCCCGACUCCCCAAACACUGGGGCCCACUGGAUGCGACAGGAGGUGAUCUUCAGCAAACUCAAGCUCACCAACAACAAGGGGGCGUCUAAUAACGUGUCACAGAUGGUGGUACUGCAGUCCCUGCACAAGUACCAGCCACGGUUUCACGUGACACGCGUAGAGGAUCCGGGGGGGCCAGAAAGCCAAAGUCACUCCUUUAUCUUCCCGGAGACUCAAUUUAUUGCUGUGACAGCCUAUCAAAAUGCAGAUAUCACACAGCUGAAAAUUGAUCAUAAUCCAUUUGCCAAAGGAUUUCGAGAUCACUGUGACCUGAUGUGCCUUACACCUAAUGGCGAGCGGGUGAGCCCCUCCCCACCAGUCCGUUAUACAAACUACCUGCAAGAACCAGUGCCUUCUGCCCGCCUGUUUUCUGUGGAACAAAAAGAGCCGCCAUCAUGGUACCUUUCAUCUCAGAACAUUGCUCCACAGCUCGAGUACCCCCCCUAUGACCCUGCAGGCAAGAUGGCAGCAUAUGCCAUGAAGUGUUACCCUCAGCCAUCGCCCUUGAGUUAUUAUCCUGAACACACACUGACAUCAGCAUGGGGUGGCCCUGCUCAGUAUCACCCCAAACCCAGUCCUGCCCCUUUAGGCUGGCUGCGCCCCCUGCUGGAGGUCCAAAAGAAGGAGGAAGACUCCUGUGCUUGGGGUGAUACCACAACUUAUGCUGGAUAUGAAGACAGCAAACGAAGGAGAUUAUCCCCCUAUAGCUCAGAUGGUUCCCCACAAAUGACUGAAAGGGACAUAGACAUGACUUAUUGCAGCUUCUACGGCCAAUGACACGAGAGAGUGUUUGGGUGACAUAAGCUAUGAGAGCCUUGAACUUGCAGGGAAGGCACUGACGCCAAACGGCAGAGCCGUGCCACGUGCUGAUAUUUUAUGCCUAAAGCCGCUGCGAGGUGUGAAACAGAGACUCCUGAGGAAAGAGACUGCUGAAUAAUCAAGGAGAAAGCAGCCAGUGACGCUGUGAGCUCAGAAUACGGCCACUGCUGCGAGACCGUGGCGCCAAACCACGGGAUUCCAACCUGUUCCUGUAAAUAGAAUCGUAUCUGUGCCUUAGGAACGCGCAUUAAUAAAACUUUCAUAAAACCAA